CAAUUUGUAUUUCAAUGCAGAGCAAUAGCCAUUGAUUUACCUUGCUGGCUGCAGCAGCAAAUAAAAUUGCCUCUAAUUGAUUCCCACUGUGUCUGUUUGAUUGGCUUAAGGCGGACCCAGGGACGAACUGAAUUCACAUCACUACCUUUCCUCCCUACUGCUGUAGCCUUGUAAUUAACUAGAAGAUUAGCUAGCAUUCAAGCCUGUCUGCCUUGUGAUUGCUUGCGGGCACCAGUGUUCUCUCUAAUUUUUUUUCAUCUGUGUGUGGAAUGAGUUUAGAUCUGGGCGGCAAUAUCAAGGCAGUGUGUGGGCACAGGCAUUCAAAAUGGGACCUUCUUGAUUAAACCUGAGUGGUAUCUAAAAUUGAUUAAGCAGACAUCAAAAAAUGUGUGAGCACGUGCACGCCUUGGAGGGAACGCUGGCAGGCAUCCAAAUCCAUCGCUGUAUAUUUAUUUUGGUUUGUUCCUUCCUUUAAAUAUACAUGCUGGUUGCCACAGCAUAUGCAUUUCCUCCGCCCCCCGCCACCUUAUUUCUGAUGCAUGACGAUGAUGCAGCCACCCCUGAGCAAGUACAAGCUUGAAUGCUAGGCAGUCUGGCCAGCCUGAAGCUCCAGCAGCAGAGAGGAGAGGUUGAAGAAGCAAACUCUCUUCUCUUGAGUCUGAGGAAAUUGGCUGUCUCUGUUUUCCACCUGCUCCACUUCUCUCUCCUUGCCUGGAAUGGAAGAGAAAAGGUAACGUGAUGUCUUCAACUUCCUUCCUCUUCAGGCCAUUCAUGGGGUGGGAGCAGUAGAUAUACAGCUGUGCCAACCCUGAGAUCUGACCCACAGUCUACUGCCUGAGGCUGCCAGUUUCCCCUUGCUUCAUGAUCCGUCUCUCCUGUCUGCCUCCAGCGCGCCCAUCCCACUCUGCCUUCAACUGUCAUAGUUUCAGAGGCAGGUGGAGCUCUUGCUACUGUCCCUGUGCCGUCCCUGCACAGCGGCAACCCCCGCCGUCGUGUUUAUUGUCCAGUCCUGCUCUCCGUAUCUCAGAAGACAUAUGAAAAUUUUGUCGUUAUAUUCAGAAUUCUUACGUCAAUGGCAUACUUGAAAAGUAUUUUUGUUGUUCUGUGUCUUCUUUCUGUCAUAUUAAUGACAUGGUUCAUUGGCCCCUUCUCCCACCCUGUGGUAGAACAUCCAGAGUCAAUGUAUUUCUAUGAGUAUGAACCUGUCUACAAACAGAAUUUUGACUUUACACUGCGUGAGCGAUUAAAAUGUGAAGACAAUUUAUUUUUGGUCAUCUUGGUAACUUCAAGGCUUCAAGAACUGAAGGCAAGACAAGCCAUUAGGCAGACAUGGGGCUCUCAAAAAUCUUGGUGGGGGAACCAGGUUCGGACACUGUUUUUACUGGGCCAAGGAGAGGAAACAGAGGGGAACUCAGUCUUAUCAAUAGAAGAUGAAAGCGUUCUCUAUGGAGACAUUCUCCGUCAAGACUUUCUCGACUCUUACAACAACCUUACCUUGAAAACUAUCAUGGGUUUCAGAUGGGUGGCUGAGUUUUGUUCCAAUGCUCAUUAUGUGAUGAAAACUGAUUCUGAUGUUUUCGUCAACACUGGUAACUUGGUGAAGUUUCUUCUAAGCUCAAAUGCCUCUGGAAAUUUCAUAACCGGAUACCCGUUUGUUGAUAACCCUGCCCUCAGAAAGGUUUUUUUAAAAAACUACAUUUCUUAUGAAGAUUAUCCAUUCAAGACAUAUCCUCCAUAUUUGAGUGGUCUUGGUUAUGUCCUUGAUACCAGACUGGCUGUGAGAGUUUAUGAAAUGAUGAGUCAUAUCAAACCUAUUAAAUUUGAAGAUGUCUAUGUUGGGCUUUGUUUAAAUAGACUUGGUGUGAACAUUUCUAUGCCAGAAGACACAAAUCUCUUCUUCUUAAAAAAAAUUAGCUUUGAUAUUUGUAAAUACAAGCACUUAAUUGCAGUGCAUGGCAUAUAUCCUCAAGAAAUGAUUACGUUCUGGCAAGAAAUAACAAGAGAGACAACAGUUACUUGCAGCUGACUUCUAUCUUAUGUACCAACUAGAAGCACCAUUGGUCAGUUGAGCCAAGAUUCGAUGGAAUGCUUCAAGGGCUACCUGAAGUGGGCAACCAAAAUUACUAGGGGGUGGAGCACCUUCCUUUUGAGGAAAGGCUACAACAUUUGGAGCUUUUUAAUUUAGGUAAGAGGUGAUUGAGAUGUAUAAAGUUAUUCAUGGCAUGGAGAAGUGGAUAUAGAGAUGUUUUUCUGCUUUCACACCACUGUGAACCAGGGAUCAUCCAACAAACUGGAUUGGCAGGUGAUUUGAAAUGGACAAAAGAGAAUGUUUUCACACAUCACAUAUUAAUCUAUGGAAUUAGGGAUUAAACAAAUUCAUGGAGGACAAGUCUGUUACUAGUUACUAGUCAUGAUGACUGUAUUAUGUUUUCAGGUUCAGAAGCCAGUGGCUGAUAUACUGCAUAAUGUUAAAUAAUGGUGUAAGUUGCAUUUGUGGAAAUGGGCACAUUAUUGUAUGACUACAUUUGUGCAAUUUUUACAUGGGUUGCACAUUACACUGUGUUGCACUGUGACAAAUGUUUCACAAUUACACUGCCAUUUUAUUGUUGUGCAGUAUGUCGGCCACUAUGUCUUUGAAUACCAUUUUCAGGGGAGCAAUGUCAGGAGAGAGAGUGUAAGCUUUCAUCUUCUACUUGUGGACUUUCCAGAGAGAUCUGAUGAGCCACCAUGGGGAACAGAUGCUUGACUAAAUAGGCUUUGUCCUAAUCCAACAGGACUUUUCUUUCUUUAUGAUCUUCUAGCUUCUGCAACUAAAUUCAUGGUGUUGAUAAACUACCUUUUGUAAAGCUGGUCUGCAGUUUUUUCAGCUUUAGGAAGUGUUCUCCAAUAUGUUGCUUGAGAUCUGAGGCCCUGCACCAUUCUAUGUCCAAAUAAAAACUGUCCUGCAGCAGGGUCAUCUUCUCUGUUGCACCCAUUCUGUUGACUUCAUUGCUAAGGAAAGCCUACCUAACUUCUUGUGCCUGAUGAGGAUAUUUCAAAAAGCUUUUACUAGUGUGGUAUUUUAUUAGAGCAUAACACAAGAAGAGCUCUGCUGAAUUGGGCCAAAGGCUCAUCCAGUUCAGUAUCCUGCCUCAUGCAGUGGCCAACCAGAUGCAUCUGGGAAGCCUGCUUGAAGUGUGGAAAAGAGAGCAGCCACCUCCUUCCCUUGGUGUUUCCUAGCACCUGAUGUUUAGGUACAUGCCACCUCUGAUCCUGUAUACCGCUACCAUGGCUAGUAGCUCUUGAUAGCUCCACCAAUCACUUUAAUCCACUUUUAAAAUUGUCUACAUUAGUGGCCAUCACCACAUCCAGUGGCAAAAAAUUCCUUAGUUUAACUACGCAUUUGCGUAAAGUACUUCCUUCUGUCUGUUCUAAAUCUCUCAGCAUUUUAGCACUAAUGGAUGAUUUUGGGUUCUGACAUCAUAACAGAGAAAAACCUUUCUCUAUCCACUCUAUCUAUACUGUGCAUGAUUUUAUACAUCUCCAUCAUGUCCCCCACUUACACCCCUUUUUUCUAAACUAAAAAGGUCAAAACACUGUAGUAUUUCCUCAUAGGGGAAUUGCUCCAACAACCUGAUAAUGUUAGUCGCCCUUUUCUGCAUCAUUUCUAGCUCUACAAUCCUUCUUAAAGUGUGGUGACACUAUAUAAGUGAGGUUGUACCAUAGACUUGUAUAAGAGUAUUACUAUAUUGGCAGUCUUAUUUUAAAUCUCUUUCAUAAUGAUCCCUAGCUGUCUGAAGUUACUGGUGUCACACACUGGGUUGACAUUUUUAGUGAGCUAUCCACCAUGACCUCAAGAUCCUUUUCCUGAUUGGUCACACCAGCUCAGACCCACCCAUCAGUGUAUAUAUGCACUUGGUAUCUUUUGUCCCAAUGUACAUCACUUUACACUUACACUGAACUGAGUUUGCCAUUUUAAAGCCCAUUUAUUUAGAUAGAAGAGAUCCUUUUGGAAGCUUUUCACAAUCCUUUUUUGUUUUUAGCAUCCUGGAUAAUUGGGUGUCAUUAGCAGACUUGGCCACCUCACUGUCCACCCCUAACUCCAGAGCAUUUAUGAACAAGAAGGAUAGAGAAGUUAUGAACAAGUUUAUGAAAAGUUAUGAACAAGAAAAAGCACCUGUCACAAUACAGAUCCUUGUGGUCCCCACUUUGCACACCCUUUCACUGAGAAUAGUCUGUCUAUUCCUCCUCUCUGCUGUUUGUUCUUUAGCUAGUUUACCAGUCCAUAAGAGGAUCUGCUCUCUUAUCCCCAUUUAUAUUUUAGAGCUUUAUCCCUUAUCCACAAUUUAGAUGCCACUACUGAAAAGGCUCUAUCUCUACAAACCACACACAUUGCACUCCAAAGAGAUAUGGAACAGGGCUCCAGAUGAAGGCAAUAAUAAAAAUGAUUAGCAGAAGAAGCCACAAAUAGAACACAGGCUUCCCAACCCGUGGUACUCUAGAUGCUGCUCAACUACAACUCCCAACAUCCCUAGCUACAAUUUUUUUUUGUGGCUGGGAGUUAUAGUUCAGCAACAUCUGGAGUAUCACAGGUUGAUACCCCCUGAAGCCCAGUUCUAUUUGUGGCUUCAGCUGUAUGAACCUACCUUCUUACUUUGAUCAUUUGGAGCCCUGCUCCAUAUCCCCUUGGAGUGCAAUGUGUGUGGUUGGUGGAUACAUGAGAUAGAGCCUUUCCAGUGGCAUCUAAAUUGUGGAACUCAUGCAAGGUAGAUUCAUCUGGCUCCUUCACAAAUGGAAACUAUUGGUUAGGACUCUGCUGUAUUAGAGAGCAUUUGGAACAAUAGAUCAUGCUGCCUGGCUAUAUUACAUUCCUUGUCUGUGCCUUUUUGAGAUGAUGUUCUAGUAUGUUUUUAAUUACUACUUAUAUAUUUUUAAAUGUGUGCUAUAUUUUUAUAUUUGUGUUGAAUUUGUAUGUUGUGUUUGAUUGCUUUUAUAUUAUUGAUCCACAAGGCAGCUUUUGAAAAUCCAGGUGUUUAAAUAAAAUAAAUUCACAAAAUGUU